UAGGCAUGGUUCAGAAGAGUUUAUAUUUUGGCGUUCUGUUGGGAUGUAUUUAAGCUGGCUGCCAUGUGGCUAACUUUAGCAACAUAAUAUUAUAAAUAGUUCGUUGUUUACUCACCCAGACAAGUUUGGAGUUACUUGGAUCCGCUCAGAAGGAGUUUUUUUAUCGAGUCGCCAUUAGCUUAUAUCCAUAUAAUGCCAAUGGGAGCAAAACUGCAGGAGUUGUUGCUGCAUUAUCUGCCCUCAAACUCCUUCAUUUAACCAAGUGUUCUUAUUAAACGUUAACACUACUCCCAUCGGAGUUCAGAAAAUCUCGUAAGUGUUUAUUUGUUCGGUUUGGGGUGAUUUCAAGGCAAAAAUACAACAAUAUUGUGCGAUUAAAACAGCGUCACGGCCAGUCGCCAUCUUGGUUGUAGUCCGGCCAGCACUUUAACUCUGUGCUCUGCAACGGUCGGUUUGACAGAACUUGCUGCUGUUGACAUCAGUGUAGUUCGGGUUUGCGUAUUUCCAAAUUGCAAUAAUCGAAUGACCAAUUGGACUAAAUUCAGCUUCUACAGACUCUUUCAGCAACCUACGCGGACUACAGCCGUAAUGGCGGAGGGCUGCAACGUUAUUGAAAUCUCAGUUGGAAUCGGUUGCAUUAAAAGCCUGUAGAAACUCCAGAAGCUAAUACGUUAGCACCUUCAAGACGUGCUGAACUCACAGAGGAAUUUUUUUUAACUAUUCUCAACAAAACAUUGUUAAAUGAAGGAGUUUUGGGGCAGAUAAUCUUAUAAUAUCCUGCCCUGAUAGGCUCCCAUUAUAUGGAUAUACAGUGAUAGCAACCUGAUUAAAACUCCUCCUGAACUACGCCAAGUAGGUCCACACUUGUCUGGGUGAGUAAAUUAACGUAAUAUUUGUUAAAAAAAAUAGCCUGGCCAGCCAGACUCGCUCUGUGCAGAAUUGAACAGAGUGAGUCUGGCUGGCCAGGCUAAAAAAAAUAAGGUCCAGGUUGAAAAUGCUGCAUGUGUCAGUGAUGUUGUUGUACCAGAAGUUUGACAGCCCUAGUUUAGAUUAGUGACUGAGUGUCUUUGCAGCACAGCUUGGUUAUUAUAUAACAAACUAACUUCUUGGCUUCAACAGGCUCGGUCAGCUCUCAGUGUACACAUUUCAGAAUUUGUAUAUUUCAUUAUCCUGUGUUUGAUGUUAAACAAUGUGCAUCAUGCAAUAGCAAAGCUCAAUGCACAGCUGCUGUAUGUGUGUUUGUAUGAAUGUUCUAGAUUUUAUUUUUCUCUUGCUAUUUUUCAAAAACCUUUCUGUGAGAUUUGCCUUGACUAAGUACUAAUUACGAUUAUUUUCACAGAGCCAUUAUGUCCACAAGAAAGAGGAGGAAAAAGCCUAUAGAUGAUGCAAAGACACACAUCCUGUCCUGUACUGACAAGGUUGGGUUUAUGUCGAGAUACAUUGACGGUUACAAAGGAAGAGGAGUGUUUGCCACACCCCCCAUUGAACCAGGGGACUUCGUCUUGGAGUACAGGGGUAAACUCCUCACAAAGGAAGAAUGCGAGUCAAGACGAUACUCAGAGACUGAAAGCAAAUUUCUCUUUGGCUUUAAGUGGCAGAACCAUUGCUUAUGCCUGGAUGCAUCUGAAGAAGAUGGCUCUCUCGGAAGAUUGGUCUAUGACAACCACAAAAAUCCUAAUUGCGUUAUGAAAAAAAUCAUAGUUGACAACAAACCACAUUUGUGCCUUUUUUCUCUGAAGAAAAUAGAAAUAGGAGCUGAAAUUUAUUACAACUAUGGUGAUUCAAAAUGGCCUUGGCGCAGUAAGGUGGGAAAAAACAAGGCUCCUGCAGCAGCAAAAGAGAACCUAUUGGGUGGGGAAGGCCAGAUGAAAGGCCUUCAGACUCCUGCUGCAGCAGAAGAGAAUGAGGCCAGCCCUGUUCCUCAGAUGCUUAAUGAUGGACCAAUCCCAGAUGAGACCUACACACAGAUGAAAGGCCUUCAGACUCCUGCUGCAGCAGAAGAGAAUGAGGCCAGCCCUGUUCCUCAGAUGCUUAAUGAUGGACCAAUCCCAGAUGAGACCUACACACAGAUGAAAGGCCUUCAGACUCCUGCUGCAGCAGAAGAGAAUGAGGCCAGCCCUGUUCCUCAGAUGCUUAAUGAUGGACCAAUCCCAGAUGAGACCUACACACAGACCAUUCACAUGGAGGGACCUUUAGCAGAGGACAUUGAAGAUGUCUGUAUGCUAGGUGACAAGGGGUCAGACGAUGAGGUCAGCAUGUCAUCCAGGCAAGAAUGUACCUCCAUAUCAGAAAGUCAAAACCAAAGAGUGUCUGCAACAGAUGUCAGUAUGCCAGAAGAGGGGUCAGAACAUGAGGUCAGCAUGUCAUCCCUGCAAGAAUGUACCUCCACGCCACAAGUCCAAAACCAGACUGUCUCUGCAAAAAAGAGAGAAAAACAAACAGCUGUCAAGAGAAGCUGGACCCCAGAAGAGUGUGUUGCAGUGGACAAACAUUUGAGGAGAUUUAUCGUGAGGAGUCAAGUUCCUGGUAAAGAAGAGUGUCAGCGCUGUAUUACUGCUGCACCUGAAGCUCUCAGAAACAGAGACUGGAAAGCUGUUAAAUAUUAUGUUAAAAAUCGCAUUACAGCCCUGAGAAGAAAAGUUGUAUGAAAGCACCUAAUUGAACGGAGGUAAAAGCAAAACAUUGGAUGUCAAAAUGUUUUGUCCUUUGUUGUGUUUGUUGUUACUUUUUGUUGUUUUUGUAAGGGUUUGCUCAGGUUUUAUGGCUGUUCAGUUGUGUACAAAUAAAAACAUUUCACAGG